GAACAUUUUGAUAUCACUGAUAUUUGUCUCUGGUGUCACUGUCACUAUGACCGACCAAACCUGCUCAAGUUGUCACGAAUCUCUCUUUAUCGAGGUCGAACCAGACAGUGAAGUCGAGGAUUCUAAAGCAACAGCGCAAGUCGAAAGCGUGCCUGACGAUGUUGAACUUAGUUGCGGUUGCCAUUACCACUGGGAAUGCUUUCUAGAUGCCUACACCAUCACUCAAUGUCCGAAUUGUUCCAAAGACAUCUCUUCUCUGUCUCCCAGCGGUUCGCAACAAGUCAUAGUCACACUUCGGAACGAAGGCGGUGUUCAAGAAGGGUACGACAUCUUGCCCGCUGCCACAGAAGAAGCAUACCUCAGAGCCUACCCCGAAGAAAGAAAAGGCCAUGCCUACCUAGAGUUCUGCCGCGAGGGCGACAUUGACGCAAUCAUUCACAUGAUCAAGGAUGGAGAUGAGGACGAAGGAGAAGAGGCUGAUGAGCAUACCGAUAUGUUGAGAUAUUGCGGGACGUUCGAGGGUAUUGAAGGGUCCGGUCUUCAUGUUGCAAUUCGUUAUCAACGGCAAGAAGUGGCCUGGCUGCUGCUAGCACUUGGUUCACAGCUCUCCUGGGACAAAUUUCCAGCUAUUGUUCUUCAAGCCAUGGAAGGAUUGGGAUUGCAGAAGGAGGACAGAAGUGGUGAACCGGAUCUUCGAUCGUUGAAGGACAGCGAAGGAAGGGCACCAGCAGACCUGGCGAAAGACGUUGGAGGACCGUGGACAGAGUGGCUCAGUGAAGGCCGGUUGACUCCUUGAUCUGUUUCACACCAUAAUUCUCCAUUUGGCCUAUGGUAUGCAGGUCCAUGGAGAUCUAAAGCUGUAGGUGUGAUGUUGUUCUCCGACAUCCGAGUGAAUCAGAGAGCACGAUGGAAGUGUGUCAUGC